AAAGCAACCUCUGGCAAUGAGAGGUCCAGGUGAGUCGUAGAGAAGUCCGGAUUUUAAGGUGUUAUUAAUGUACGUAGACGCCUCAGUACUAUAGGCUGCGACCCUCGUGACGGAAAAAAAAUCGACAAUGGCAGACAUCGAAUACACCGAGCUUUCUACCAACUUCUCAGACUUGGUGGUGUUCGACGUGAGGAACCGCCAUGAGCUGGAGGAGAAGGGGCAGAUCCUCGGUUCCAACUGCGUCCCGUUUGCAGAGUUGGAGAGCGCAAUGGAAAUGGCUGAGGAUGCAUUUAAGGCUAAAUACGGUCUGAAGAAGCCCACAAAAACCACGCCCAUCAUAACCCACUGUACGAAGGGUGGGCGCGCGAGGAAGGCAGGGGAUCUACUCAAAUCGAUGGGUUACAAUGCAAGGGUUUAUGCUGGUUCCUUUAACGACUGGAAAGCUAAUGGCGGCAGUGUACUUAACCCUGGAAAACCUUACGUUCCUCAGAAUUAAUGGGGGAAAUGGCCUUUGGUCGAGGACUGUACCUCUUAUAAGGAAUUGUAUGCUUGUCUUUUUUUUUUUUUUGCUUCCGGACAACACUCAGUAUUAUGGCAUUUUUUUAUUAUGAUGUUACUGAUGGAAAAUAAAUGCGAAGGAAUGUA